UUGUGAUUCAUAUUCCUAACUCCACUCUGUCUCUUCCUCCUGACUUUAACUUACUAAAUUUAUCCCAUCUAAAUUAAAACCCUAAACCAAAAAGAAAAAGAGAUCAAAUUCAAUUCAAUUCAUUUUCAGUUGCAAACAGUGUCCACCGCCCACCAUUUCCCAUUGGCACGCCAAGCAACAGAAAUGGAGAUAUUAUAUGGAAUGGUGGCAAGGGGACAAGUAGUGUUGGCAGAAUUUAGCUCCACCCAGACAAAUGCAAAUGCGAUAGCGAGAGAAAUACUAGCCAAGAUUCCUGAUGGAAAUGAGGAUUGCAAUGCUUCGUAUUCUAGUGAUCGUUACAUCUUUCAUGUCAAAAGAACUGAUGGUCUCAUCGUUCUUUGCAUGGCGAACGAUGCCUCUGGAAGGAGAAUCCCAUUUGCAUUUCUCGAGGAUAUUCACCAAAGAUUUGUGAAGACUUAUGGACGUGCUAUUCAUUCAGCUGCUGCCUAUGCAAUGAAUGAUGAUUUUUCCAGGAUUCUAAGCCAACAAAUGCAUCAUUACUCAAAUGACCCGGAAGCAGAUAGGUUAAACCGUUUAAAGGGUGAAAUGAGUCAGGUGCGGAGUGUGAUGAUGGAUAACAUUGAAAAGGUCCUGGAGAAGGGUGAUCGCUUAGCACUACUCGUCGAAAAAACUUCAACCCUGCAAGGAAAUACCAUUCGCCUUAGGCGGCAGGCCCGUCGUUUCAGGAAUACUUUGUGGUGUAGAAAUGUGAAGCUCACGGCUGUAUCCGUAGUAGUAUUGAUCCUGGUCUUGAUUUACAUUGUGCUCGCAUUUGUUUGUCAAGGUCCCUUGCUUCUUUCCUGCUUCAAGUAAUCACAGGAAGUUGCUGUUGAGUAAUGUGAUAUGGCAUCAAAUACUGACAGUUGCACUCUAAUUCUUAUGGUAACGUAAAUUCCAGUGCUGUAAUUUUCACAUAUUCAACAUAACAUUGUCUUCCUGGAGAGAGGAUUAAAUCGCUUUGUAACUGUGUUCGUUAUACCAGCACAUAUAUACUUGUCCCGAGGUGGGUACAAUUUUUAAUGCCCCCAAAUUUGACAAUCGUUUUCAUGCUUACAUUAAGAAUCAGUUUCCAUCUCAUAUAUAAUAUAUGGA